AUGUAUCUAUCUAUCUAUCUAUCUAUCUAUCUAUCUAUCUAUCUAUGGACAGAGUGUCUGUUUUCUAUCUAUCUAUCUAUAUAUCUAGUUCUUUUAUUUAUCUAUCUAUCUAUCUAUUCUUUUAUUUAUCUAUCUAUCUAUCUAGUUCUUUUAUUUAUCUAUCUAUCUAUCUAUCUAUCUCAGUCUGUUCACUAUCUACUUCUUUUCUCUAUCUAUCUCAGUCUCUUCACUAUCUAUCUAUCUAUCUCAGUUUCUUCACUAUCUAUCUAUCUAUCUCAGUUUCUUCACUAUCUAUCUAUCUAUCUCAGUUUCUUCACUAUCUAUCUAUCUAUCUAUCAAUCUCAGUCUCUUCACUAUCUAUCUAUCUAUCUAUCUAUCUAUCUCAGUUUCUUCACUAUCUAUCUAUCUAUCUCAGUUUCUUCACUAUCUAUCUAUCUAUCUCAGUUUCUUCACUAUCUAUCUAUCUAUCUAUCAAUCUCAGUCUCUUCACUAUCUAUCUAUCUAUCUAUCUCAGUUUCUUCACUAUCUAUCUAUCUAUCUAUCUCAGUUUCUUCACUAUCUAUCUAUCUAUCUAUCUAUCUAUCUCAGUUUCUUCACUAUCUAUCUAUCUAUCUAUCUAUCUCAGUUUCUUCACUAUCUAUCUAUCUAUCUCAGUUUCUUCACUAUCUAUCUAUCUACCUCAGUUUCUUCACUAUCUAUCUAUCUAUCUACUGUUUUUUAUCUAUGUGA